GUUGGGAUUGACGGGGUGGGCGUGGCUAUUCGUCAAUGUUUAUGUAGCCCCGCUGCCUGUCUGUCCGUAUGUAACCGCACCAAGGACUCUGCAAUGUGAUUCCCAGACGCCGAUUUGUUUUUUUUCUUCGUGUCGCUUCUCCCGCCGCCUCCAGCACGUUAUGCACCGGCCUUUGACAUGGGGGGCCACUAGCAGGUGAAAGACGGAGGAGACCGAGGAAAAAGCCGGGAUGGCGGGCGCCUUUGGCUUCAAAGGCUGCCAGAAGAUUCGAGGUCCGCAGCUGAGAAAUCUGCUGGAGGCGAAGGACUUCAUCCUGUUCGACUGCGACGGGGUCAUAUGGCACGGGGAGAACGCGAUCACGGGCGCGGCGAAGGUGGUGAGCUCGCUGAUCCGCCACGGCAAGAACGUGGUGUUCGUCACCAACAACUGCACCAGGCCCCGCGAGAAUUAUGUGACCAAGUUCUGCCGGCUGGGCUUCACCGACGUGAUGCUGGAGCAGAUCUUCAGCUCGUCGUACUGCUCGGCUCUGUACCUGAGGGACGUCGUCAAGGUCCGCGGCCAGGUGUUCGUCAUCGGCUGCGACGGACUGCGCAGGGAGCUGCAGCAGGCGGGCAUCCCCUGCGUGGAGGAGGCGGACGACCCCAGCGCCACCAUCUAUGACUGCGCCCUGGCUCCGGACGUGAAGGCGGUGCUGGUGGGACACGACGACCAAAUGACUUUUCUCAAACUGGCCAAAGCGUCGUGCUACCUGCGGGACCCGGACUGUCUGUUCCUGGCCACCGACAACGACCCGUGGCACCCUCUGUCAAGUGGAAGGAUACUGCCAGGUUCUGGGUCCCUCACCGCAGCCCUGGAAGUGGCCUCAGGCCGCAAGGCCACUGUGAUCGGCAAGCCCAGCCGCUUCAUGUUCGAGUGCAUCUCCAGCCAGUUCAGUGGGGUGGACCCCGCCCAGUGCCUGAUGAUCGGGGACCGCCUAGAGACCGACAUGCUCUUCGGGUCCAACUGUGGCCUCGACACCAUGCUCACUCUCACCGGCGUGUCUCAGAUCGAGGAGGCCCAGGAGUACAGGAACAGCGAGCUGACCACCAACCACAACCUGGUGCCCGACUACGUGGUGGACACCAUUGCCGAUUUCUUACCGGCUUUUGAGGAACUGGAAGAUCAGAGCAAUUGACGGGUCCUUCUUUCACCUCCAGUACGGAACACAGAUUGCUUCUACUUCAUUUCAAAGUGCAAUGUUUAAUCCGGCGUUUGCAGAGAAAUAAUAAUAAAAACACCCUGUUCUGAUCCAAUUAUCCUAACCUAAAUGCUCCUCAAAGAUCAAGGCGCUGUUUAUGUUGUGACCAUGACCGAAUAAUCCGAGUUAUCUAGUGAAUUACCUCAGUGUUUCCUCAAGUGUUGUGCCCAUUCGUGACUUGACAGUUCCUUGUUGCUGUAAGUGUUUCUAUUAAUAUCAGAGUAUACUGCACUUUCUCGUUCAUGGAGUUCAAAUAGGUCGUGUUUGAUAUUGGGUUUUGGACAUCAAGAGGUAUUUUUGUAAAGCCGUGAAUUGUUCUGUAACGGCGUUCGUGUGUGUAGGAGACGUACUUUAAAACGCAGAACUGUUUUACUCAUGUGUGUUCGCUCGAGUGAGCAGAAAAUACAAACUGUGAGCUUCUUUCUCAGAUCUGGUAGACUGAGGUGACAAUCUGCCAGUCAGACAGGUGAGGUGUAGAUUCACUUUUGGCCUUUCUGUCAUGUCUGUACGACUUUGUGCCAAUAUCCAUCUUCACUAAUAAACAGCUUGCUGAAUCUCAUAGUUAGAAAACCAUUAAUGGUUUUGCCGCUGCACUGCUGUGAAAAUGUCAAUGUUGUUAAUGUUUACCAUAUAGAGCAUGCCAGCAAUGGUAACAACAAUAAAUUGAUUGAUCCUA